AGCCAGUGUGCACAAUACCAGGACCUGCAGCUAAUUAAUUUGAUGAUUUACAGCUGUGCUUUUUUACCGUGACGUGAAAAUGUCCCUUUGAACAAGACCUAUUAGAACAAGUUUCAAUUUAUAAUGAAACAAAACAAUGCUUUUGUUUUGUUAAGGUCAGCCACCAGAGCGCUUUACUGUGAAGCCUAAUCCGAGGCUCUCCCAUUAAAGCUGUCCUACUGCAGCACUGCAUCGCAGUUGCACUUCCCCCCUCUGUGACAUCACCCGACGUCUCAUCCAGGGGGCGUGUCCUCCAGAAAUCCCCAGCCUGGCUCAGAUGUAGCUGCAGCUCUGCGAGAGGAAGAGGCAGGGAGGGAGGAAGAGUUUGAACACACUGCAGAGGGAGUGCAGCUAUGGGGAACGCACAAGACAAGCCUCCGGGCAGCGGAGGAGGGGGAGGCAGACCAGAUCAGGCCACAGCGGGGAGCGGGACGAGAAACCGGGGUGGAGGCGGCGCGGAGAAGCCCCAGGCUCAGAGAGCUUCGGGGAAGGGGGUGGCCAAUGGCAGUCAGAGAGGAAACAGCCCUGCUGGUGGACAAGAGGAGCGGGGCAGCCCUGCAGUGGACACAAGUUAUCUGGACGCCCCUGCUGGGGCCCUUCCUCCUCACCUGGGCCGGCUCAAGAAUGCAGGGAACCGCCUCUUUAAACAUGGCCAGUUUGCGGACGCCUUGCAGAAGUACACACAGGCCAUUGAUGGAUGUGCUGAAGCAGGCAUUGAUAGUCCAGAAGACCUGUGUAUUCUCUACUCCAACAGAGCCGCCUGUUUCCUGAAGGAUGGGAACAGCGCCGAGUGCAUACAGGACUGUACCAAGGCUUUGGAGCUGCAGCCGUACUCCUUGAAGCCCCUGUUGCGCAGGGCUAUGGCCUAUGAGUCACUGGAGCGCUACAAGAAGGCCUACGUGGAUUAUAAAACUGUCCUGCAGAUGGACACCGGAGUGCAGUCGGCUCAAGACAGCGUCCACAGGAUCACCAAGAUGCUCAUUGAGCAGGACGGACCCCAGUGGAGAGAGAAUCUUCCAGAGAUUCCCGCCGUCCCUCUGUCCGUCCAGCUGCAGCACAGAGACAAACCGAUCAGCGCCGAAGUAGCUCAAGCCCGAGCUGCCAGGGCUGUUGCGGAGGAAGCCAGACUAAAAGAUGCCCGCUUUACUUUACUGAAACGGGAAGGCAACGAUCUGGUGAAGAAAGGCCACUUCCAGGAGGCUCUGGAGAAGUACAAUGAAUGUCUCACAUUAAAACCUGACGAAUGUUCUCUCUACACAAACAGAUCCAUUUGCCACCUGAAACUGAAUCGCUUUGCAGAGGCCAAACAGGACUGUGACUCUGCUCUGCAGAUGGAGCCGGCCAACAAGAAAGCCUUCUACAGACGAGCCCUGGCUCAUAAGGGUUUAAAGGACUACCUGUUGGCCAGCAGUGACCUCCAGGAAGUCCUCCAGCUGGACCCGAAUGUUCGGGAGGCCGAGCAGGAGCUCGAGGUGGUGACAGGCUUGCUGAGACAGAGCCUGAUGGACAGCACCGCACACACACCGAGGGUUUGACGUUUGUGCAGGAAUAUGGAGGCAGAGGAGUGGAGCAGUGACUCUGCAAAAAGGCUGCUGUGAAAAGGACCAAUAGGAGCAGAGGUCUAAUUAACCAACAUAAUUGAAAACACCUGUGUGAGUGCGCAGGACAUUUAAACAUCUUGCUUUUGAAUCUCCCAUUCCUACAACACACAAAAAGCAAUGUUAAUCUUUGUAUAGCACAAUGUGCCACAACUUUUAAUUUCAUUCAUACUGGAUUAACACUUUGUCCAAUCUUAUUUUACCCAUGUGUUUUUCCUUGUAUUGUCUAAAUAAAAAGCAUAAACAUCUCAACUGAAAACACUUGAGGCUUGGAAGUGUUGUUUUGUGGAAUGUAAGAGCAUGUACUGUAUGUAAAUAGUUUGGGUGCAAAUGUAAAUAAUAAACUGCUACGUGGAUGCUUUAUUGAGCCUUUUGUUUCUGUAACUCCAUAAACUUGAUUACUUGAAUGUGUAGCCAGAGGGGGAAACAACAAAAACACUGCAACAAAACUUGUAAAAAAAUAAUGUUGAUAUGCUGAUCUCUGGUCACUUUGCAUGUUAUAAUAAACGUAACCCACACCUGUUAAA